GUACAUCUGCCAGUCAGAUUUGACCAUUAGAUGGCGGCAAAUAGUAACCAUUCCUGCAGCUACAAGGUCAAAUGAGCUACUAGAACUACAACUUUCUAUGCCCUAAUCAAAACGUACUGUAAAUGGUACGUUUAGUGAAAAUUCUAAUUAAAGAUACAAAAGAAGAAAAAUGUACCAUUUUGGCAUAAAUAGAAUAUAUCAAUAUGAAUGUUCAAAUGAGUAAAAGAGUGCAGAGAAACUUACCUCUGUCAAAUCACAACAAACACUCGAGGGAAUAUGAAACUUAAUUAUCAUGGAUUUAAAUAUAUAAGCAGUUAAGGUUAUACCGUUGUUACAAAAAAAAAGUCAUUGUCACGUAAUAUGUGAAAUUUCAAAGCUGCAUGGCGAGCCACCCAGCAGGGAGGGCGGGGCUUACUGCCUACCUGUACACCUGACCCACAGGCUCCGCCCCUCGGCGGCGGCUCUCAUUCGCCCUCACUAAAGUGAUUAUAUUGGCGCUUUUUUGCUGUAGUAAGGCUGCACUUUGUUCUGUUUACCACACGUAAGAAAAGUCGAAGCUCAGAGUGUCGGUGGAGUUGAGACGAUGGUUGACGGCUGAGAGUCGCCGUGUGACGUCGUUUAGCGGUGAAAUGAUGGAGAUUGAAGGUCCCUGGACAGAAGUGUUUGAUGGCUCAGACAGAAAGGAGAACCCCAGAGCAGCGGAGACAUUAUUGGGCAGUUCUUCUCUGACCCUGGCUCCACUGGUAGCCGACUCUCUUUCCAUACGACGCUCCCAGCCCAUAUUAAUCGCUGCAAACAGGUCCAAGGUUGUGGAGAAACUCUCUUCUUCGGCGUCGUCCAUCCCAAACCCCUUUCCAGAGCUGUGCAGCCCGUCAAAGUCGCCCGUGCUUAUUAGCUCAUUUCCAUCAGCGUCAAGUGACAAACGUUUGAUUAAGGUGUAUGGAGAGGACAGCCACAGCAGGUCCAUGUGGGUAUCUCAAGGAGCCACAGCCAGGGAGGUGUGCCACAUGCUGGUGCAGACGGCCCACUGCAGCGAUCAGGAGAACUGGGCUCUGAUUGAAAUGUAUCCCACUCUGGGUCUGGAGAGGUGUCUGGAAGACCACGAGGUCGUGUUGGAGGUUCAGGCAACCUGGUCUCUCAAGGGUGAUACAAGACUCAUGUUCUGCAAAAACUACGCCAAGUACGAGUUUUUCAGGAAGCCCAUGCUGUUCUUCCCAGAGCGUAUGAUCUCCGACUGCGCUGACGUCAACAAGGGGAUGAAGCCAUCAGAACUGAUUCAGAAUUUGCUGAAGUCCGGGACAUGUCCAGAGAUUCAGGGGUUCCUGCACGUAAAAGAACCCAGUCGUAAGGCCUGGAAGAAAGUCUACUUUUUCCUCCGACGCUCCGGCCUCUACUAUUCCACCAAAGGCUCCUCAAAGGAGCCUCGCCACCUGCAAUAUGUGGCUGAUCUGGAGGAUUUGAACGUGUACACUGUGGUGAACAGCCGGAAAUUAUACGGUGCCCCUACAGACUUCACCUUCUGCGUCAAGCCUUCCAGAAACCCUGUACGUGUUCAGGAUCUGAAGCUCCUCUGUGCUGAGAAUGAACAGACGCGCACUUGUUGGACGUCUGCAUUCAGAUUGUUCAAGUACGGGAAACGGCUCCAUUGUAACUACCAGCUCUCCAAGUUGGCCCCACAAUGCCCAGAAGGACUCAACCACACUGACAGCAAAUUUUCAGCUGUGUCUUUGCAUGCACAGCCACAGACUGAGGCUAGCCUGGUCGCCAUGGAUUUCUCGGGGAAGGCAGGUGGUCGGGUCAUCCAGAACCCCACAGAGGCCCAGUGUGCAGAGAGGGAGGAGGGACAAGCCUGGAGGAGGAGAGAAGCUCUGAGGUGCAGUCUGCCCAACCUCAGCUCUGGAGCAAGACCUUCCUCGAUCCACAAAAGUCAGCCAUGGUUUCACGGCGGUGUGUCCAGAAAGGAAGCUGAGAGACUGAUUGAGAAACAGGGUCUGGUAGACGGGAUGUUCCUCAUUCGUGACAGCCAGCAGCAUGCACAGUGCUUCGUCCUGACACUGUGUUACAAACUGAAGACCAAACAUUACCUGGUAAUCCCGUAUGAGGAUGGAGGCAGGAAGUAUUUCACCAUGGACGACGGCGUGACUCUCUUUAUCGACCUUCUACAACUGGUGGAGUUCCACCAAAUCAACAAAGGCAUCCUUCCCGUUUGCCUCAAACACCCCUGCGUGUGCGUAGCAUUAUAAUCCCACAAUUCCUCAGUGACAGCCAGGACUGUCUGUCACUCUCCCCUCCAACCUUUGCCCUGUUGGUCUCAUUGUCUCUUAAGGUAGUCACAUCUCUCUCUUCCAGAUCAGGCAUUGAGACUUUUGCUAGGUGCUGUUGUGAGAACCUCAAUCUUAAUUGUCUUAUUGUAUUGAUAUUUAUUUUACACUCGCAUCUAUGUCACAGCUGGAUUUUGAGUGUUGGUGAGAAGGUGUCCUCCUUAGAACACUGGUAUCAGCCCUGUUCGGUCUUGGACAUCACCAUAUCAAAACUCAGAGCCUGCGUGCUGACGCGAGUAUGUUGUGUGUGUUUGUUUUGUUUUUUGUAUUUUUUGUCUGUUUGUGCGGCUCCAGACAGUGGUUGGUAUUUAUUCUUACUUACCUCACUGCAGUCCCUAUGGAGACGCCUUAAUUAUCCAUGAUGUACAGACUUUAAAUGAGAGCACGCCUCUACGUACACUUUGAUUCUUAUCUCUACCACCGUGAUCGGUUCAGUGAUCAGACCUGCAGGGUCAACUUUUUCUCUCUGUAGCAUUUACUCAUCUGACCACCAGAGGACACUCUGAAGUCAUAUUCAACAUUGAGGAAUUAUGGGAGCUUUUUGUAAAGUAUAUGACAUAAUUUUAUUGCUGUUGUAAUUAGGAAAAUACCCCAGGUUGCAAUCAUGUAGCAUGUGAGAACUGUUGUUCUAACUGUAAUGAUUUGUAUGUUAAUGCGUUUUUGUACCUUAAAUCCUCACACUGUUUUUUAAUUAUGUUUAAUUAGUACAACAGUAAGCCCUCAUUCAUUGCCAUAUUUGCACAAUGAUGAUAUGGGAAACUGCAUUGCCUCAUGAAAUGUCUGAAACCCUCCGCCCUCGUGACAACAUAUUUGAUAAAUGUUGUUAGACCACAUAAAUGCAACUGCCAGUAAAUUUGUUGCUUGUUGCACUUACUGUUUGCAUUUUUUUUUUCCUGAAACACUGCUGUGUGUUCACAGGACAGUUUUUUUUUUUUUUUUUUUAAAGUUUGAUAUUCUUUUUUAAAAAAUCCAUAAGGUUUGUAAUUUUGUACAGUAGAAAUGUAUUGUGCCCUUUUCCAAUACUGUUUUCUAUAUUGAAUAAAUAAUUCCUCCUGAAAUAUA